CUUGAGCUCCACGCCUCGCCAAGUCGUAACCAUCCCGCAGACCCACCCCACACAAACACACUCGCCCCCAUCGGCCUUCUCGUCCUCUCCUGAAAGUCACACUUGCCGCGGCCGGACCAGACGUACGACUGGACCCGCACCCGCCCCCCUUACUUAAGCUCGGCUCCCUCGCUUUUGCGCCAGUGGGACGAGACAGUGCAGCAGCACAGCACGUACGUACACCAAGGCCAAGGCUGCGUGUGCUUGCAUGCAAUGGCGCCCGCCGUGCAGGAUCGCCUCCCGUUCCUAACCUCGCCCCCGCCCGUGCGGGAGAGGGGCCGGAACCCGUCCCUCGCCGAGAUGCUCCGCCUCGUCGGUGCCGCCACCGUCGACCCGACAGCCGCCGCGGACGACGACGGCUCCGCGUCCGUGUUCUCGCUGCCGCUUCCCACCACGCCUGGACGUGACGCGGUGGCAGGAGGCGCCGUCAACGGUGCGGGAGCGAUGGCCAUCGGGCGGACCGUGCACUUCCGCCUGGUGUUCAGCAGCCUGACCUACAGCGUCCGCGCCAAGCAGCGCGGGCGCGGGCCCGGCGGCCUGCCCCAGCUGCAGCGCCGCUCCGACCGCGUCACCGCCGCCGCCACCAGGGCGCUGCUGGACGGCGUCUCCGGGGAGGCGAGGGAGGGCGAGAUCCUGGCCGUCAUGGGCGCCAGCGGCUCCGGCAAGUCCACGCUCAUCGACGCGCUCGCCAACCGCAUCUCCCGCGACGCGCUCAAGGGCGCCGUCACGCUCAACGGGGAGCCGCUCACGGGCACCGUCAUCAAGUCCAUCUCCGCGUACGUCAUGCAGGACGACCUGCUGUUCCCCAUGCUCACCGUCACCGAGACGCUCUCCUUCGCCGCCGAGUUCCGCCUCCCGCGGGCGCUGUCCCCGGCCAAGAAGCGCGCGCGCGUGCAGGCGCUCAUCGACCAUCUCGGCCUCCGCGCCGCGGCCAACACCAUCAUCGGCGACGAGGGCCACCGCGGGGUGUCCGGAGGGGAGCGCCGCAGGGUGUCCAUCGGCACCGACAUCAUCCACGACCCGAUCCUCCUGUUCCUCGACGAGCCCACGUCGGGGCUCGACUCCACCUCCGCGUUCAUGGUCGUCAAGGUGCUUCGCCGCAUCGCGGAGAGCGGCAGCAUUGUCAUCACGUCCAUCCACCAGCCGAGCCAGCGCAUCCUCGGCCUCCUCGACCGCCUCAUCCUCCUCUCCGGUGGCCGGACCGUCUUCAGCGGUCCGCCUUCCGCGCUCCCGUCCUACUUCGCCGAGUUCGGCUUCCCGGUGCCCGACGACGAGAACCGCGCCGAGUUCGCGCUCGACCUGAUCCGCGAGUUCGAGUCGUCGCCCACGGGGACCAAGCCGCUCGUCGACUUCCACCGCGCGUGGCAGCAGAUGCACGCGCGGAGCCCUGGCCCUGUCUCGGCGGCCGCUGAUCAGAUGUCGCUCAAGGAGGCCAUCAGCGCGAGCAUUUCGCGCGGGAAGCUGGUGUCGGGGUCGGACGUGGCCGGGGAGGCCGCGUCCAUGCACACCUACGCCAACCCGUUCUGGGUGGAGAUGAAGGUGCUGACGAAGCGGUCAGCGAUCAACACGCGGCGGAUGCCCGAGCUGUUCCUCAUACGCCUCGCAGCCGUGGUGGUCACGGGCGCGAUCCUCGCCACCGUCUUCUUCCGGCUGGACCAGUCCCCCAAGGGAGCGCAGGAGCGGCUGGGCUUCUUCGCGUUCGCCAUGUCCACCAUGUUCUACACCUGCGCCGACGCGCUGCCGGUGUUCCUCAACGAGCGCUACGUGUUCCUGCGGGAGACGGCCUACGGCGCGUACCGGCGCGCCUCCUACGUGCUGUCCAACGCCAUCGUCUCCUUCCCGGCGCUCGUGGUGCUCUCCCUCGCCUUCGCAUUCACCACCUUCUUCGCCGUCGGCCUCGCGGGCGGCGUGCCCGGGUUCGCCUUCUACACGCUGGCCAUCCUGGCGUCGUUCUGGGCGGGGAGCGGCUUCGUCACGUUCCUCUCCGGCGUGAUACCGCACGUGAUGAUCGGGUACACCGUGGUGGUGGCCAUCCUCGCCUACUUCCUGCUCUUCAGCGGCUUCUUCAUCAACAGGGACAGGAUCCCGGCCUACUGGAUCUGGUUCCACUACCUGUCGCUGAUCAAGUACCCGUUCGAGGGCGUGCUGCAGAACGAGUUCGCCCGCAGCGGCGAGUGCUUCGUGCGGGGCGCGCAGAUCUUCGACAACUCCCCGCUGGCGGCGCUGCCGGACGCCGUCAAGGCACGGGUGCUGGCGUCCAUCAGCUCGGCGCUCGGGGUCGGGAUCGGCGCCGACACGUGCGUCGUCACGGGCCGCGGCGUCCUGCAUGAGGUGGCGGUGACGCAGCUCGGAAAGUGGGAGUGCCUGCUCGUGACCAUGGCUUGGGGUUUCCUCUUCCGGAUCCUCUUCUACUUCAGCCUCGUGCUCGGAAGCAAGAACAAGAGGAGGUGAUCGCGCCGCGGUAUGUGCGCGCGCGCGGGCGCGCCCGUUGUACAUUUGAAUCGUCGAAGCUUGCUCUGGCAAUGGCCCAUGGGGAGGAAGUAAGCGUACGUGCAGGAGGAGGUGAAGGAAGACAUAGUCAAUUAGGUGGUGAUUGUUCAUCAUGUUCUUUGUUUUAAUUAUUUUUGCAUUCUUCUUCUUUUUUUCUGGUGAUUUGAUGAUAGAAAUAAGUGGUUUUGCAAGUAUACAGAUGCUUGGAUCCACUAGCUUUAAUUUUGUUCUAUUAAUAUGUGUCCAAAGUCGAAAGAUUAUAAAAAGUAACUGCCGUUUUGCUGCUUCAGCAGUCUUCAGUU